CCAAGAUGGGGGUGAACGCCGUGCACUGGUUCCGCAAGGGGCUGCGGCUCCACGACAACCCGGCCCUGAGGGAGUGCAUCCAGGGCGCCGACACCGUGCGCUGCGUCUACAUCCUGGACCCCUGGUUCGCGGGGUCCUCCAACGUGGGGAUCAACCGGUGGAGGUUUCUGCUUCAGUGUCUUGAGGACUUGGAUGCCAACUUACGAAAGUUAAAUUCACGUUUGUUUGUUAUUCGAGGGCAGCCUGCAGAUGUAUUUCCUAGGCUUUUUAAGGAAUGGAAUAUUGCAAAACUUUCCAUUGAAUAUGAUUCUGAGCCAUUUGGGAAGGAGAGAGAUGCAGCAAUUAAGAAGCUGGCUAGUGAAGCAGGAGUUGAAGUCAUCGUACGAAUUUCACAUACUCUGUAUGAUCUAGACAAGAUUAUAGAAUUAAAUGGAGGACAACCACCUCUUACCUAUAAGCGAUUCCAAACUCUAAUCAGUCGAAUGGAGCCACUGGAGAUGCCUGUAGAAACCAUCACUGCAGAAGUAAUGUCAAAGUGUACUACUCCUGUUUCUGAUGACCACGAUGAGAAAUACGGUGUUCCUUCACUGGAAGAAUUAGGUUUUGAUACAGAUGGAUUGCCUUCUGCUGUGUGGCCAGGUGGAGAAACAGAAGCUCUUACAAGAUUGGAAAGACAUUUAGAAAGAAAGGCUUGGGUAGCAAACUUUGAAAGGCCACGAAUGAAUGCAAAUUCUCUCCUUGCAAGUCCUACAGGUCUUAGUCCCUAUCUACGGUUCGGCUGCUUGUCAUGCCGCCUGUUUUAUUUCAAGUUAACAGACUUGUACAAAAAGGUAAAGAAGAACAGCUCUCCUCCUCUUUCUCUCUAUGGCCAGCUAUUGUGGCGUGAAUUCUUCUACACAGCUGCCACCAGUAAUCCACGCUUUGACAAAAUGGAAGGCAAUCCCAUAUGUGUGCAGAUUCCAUGGGACAAGAAUCCCGAGGCUCUGGCAAAAUGGGCCGAAGGCAGGACAGGGUUUCCUUGGAUAGAUGCUAUUAUGACUCAGCUUCGUCAGGAAGGCUGGAUCCACCAUUUGGCCAGGCAUGCUGUGGCAUGCUUCUUGACUCGGGGCGAUCUGUGGAUUAGCUGGGAAGAAGGAAUGAAGGUAUUUGAAGAACUGCUGCUGGAUGCUGACUGGAGUGUAAAUGCAGGCAGUUGGAUGUGGCUAUCUUGUAGCUCAUUCUUUCAGCAGUUCUUCCACUGCUACUGUCCUGUGGGUUUUGGCAGAAGAACUGAUCCUAACGGAGACUAUAUCAGGCGCUAUUUACCUGUUCUCAGAGGGUUUCCUGCAAAAUAUAUAUACGAUCCUUGGAAUGCCCCUGAGGGUGUCCAGAAGGCAGCAAAAUGUAUGAUUGGAGUGAAUUACCCUAAGCCAAUGGUAAAUCAUGCAGAGGCAAGUCGCCUGAACAUUGAGAGGAUGAAGCAAAUCUAUCAGCAAUUGUCACGAUACAGAGGAUUGGGCCUUCUUGCAUCAGUGCCUUCUAAUGGGAAUGGAAAUGGGAAUGGUGGCCUAAUGGGAUAUUCACCAGGGGAGAACCUCCCUGGUUGUGCAAGUGGUAACGGAUCUCAAAUGGGAACCAGUGAAGCCCAUACAGGGAGUAUUCAGACAUGUGCCCUAGGAGAAUCUCAUACAGGAACAAGUGGAAUUCAGCAGCAAGGUUAUGCUAAAGGGAGUGGUAUUUUGCAUUAUGCCCAUGGGGACACUCAGAAAACACACUUAAUCCAGCAAGGAAGAACAUCCCUUGGUACUGGAGUUUGCCCUGGAAAACGCCCAAAUCCAGAAGAGGAAAUUCAGAGCAUUGGUCCGAAAGUCCAGCGACAGAGCAGUAACUGAUUGGGUAAAGAUAAAAAUUGUGAAGGAAGCUUAUUCAUGGUA